AUGAAGUUAGAAGAGAGCAUAAGAGCAUGCUACCACAGGUACUUAAACUUUAAUGGCGAAACAUUGAUGUGGAUGGUGGCUAUCGAUGCCUCCUUUUUGCUUGAGUUUCUUCAAGUGUAUACCAUUCAAGAUGAAACAAUGAUGAUUCCAGGAAUUUCAUCAAGAAUGUCUCAUUUGAUGGAUUAUGCUGGCAGGAAAAUUGCUCAUAAUGCAAUCUUGAAGGACAUAGUAAUGCUUGAAAACCAAAUUCCACUGUUUGUGUUGAGAAAGAUGUUGGAGUUCAAAUUCUCAUCGACAGAAUUAGCAGAUGACAUGUUGCUUUCCAUGUUGAUAGGAUUGUUUAAACAACUUUCUCCUUUUAAGGUGAUAGAGAAGGAUUGUUCAGAGAUCAAUGUCUCCGAGUGUGCACAUUUGCUAGAUUUUUUGUAUUCUAUGGUUGUGCCUAAAUUGGAUGAACAAUCAGAUGUUGUCCAGUUUGAGGAUCAUCAGCACAAAGAUAAUGAAGACAGCGAAGAAUCAUUCUUGAACUAUGCCAAGAAAUUUCUAUGUGAGGUUUGGAGCUUUCUUUCCAAAUUGGCCACAACUUUAGUAAACUUAAUUAAGAAAUUCCCAAACUGUAGAACCAUCAAAGUUAUCACUUGGUUGCCUUGGACUAUAAUUUCUAACCUUCCUGGAGUAGGACUUAUAAAGCAACCUGUUGAAUACUUAUUUUUCACCGAAGAAAAAGAAGCAAGAACUGCAGAAAAUGGGAAUUUAAGCUCAGAUAAUGACAGCAACAAACCACCCUUGAUGGAGGAAAUUGCUAUUCCUUCCGUCACGGAACUCUCAAAGGCUGGGGUUUGUUUCAUGGCCACCAAUGGAGACAUAUGA